UUAGAUUAAAGUAGACGGUUAAGAUCAACGGAGAACAAGUAAUGGCAUUAGUGUAAAUAGUGAAGCUGCCCAACUUCAUAUUUUACCCAAAAUAUCUGAUUUUCUAUCUCAUCAAAUACGUUUCACACUUUCCUUCAUCUUCUCUCUUAAAACCACCAAAUGUUCUCUAAAAUCCAUUGUAACUGCUCCAAAUCAAAGCAAAUCACAUUGAUUCCUUUUGGUUUUUGCUCAAAUUCAACGAAUAAACUUAUAUAAAAUAAGUUGAAUUGGGCAAUUUAAUUAGAAUUUUUGCAAAUACGAACCCUAAUUUGGCGGAAGAACAAAUUGAAGAAAAUUUUGAAUGGAGGUUGGCGAAGAACAAUUAAUUCGUACAGAAAUUUGUUCUGUACUUGUCAUCAUUGCCAUUAUUUCUAUCAUCUUCUUUGAGGCUUAUAAUCGCCGAUUCAACAAUUCUCAUGUUGAAGGUGAGGCAAUAUUUGAAGAUCCAAAUUCUCUUAUAAAGAUUUUCUAUCUUGAUCAUCUGAGCCGCAUUCUAGUAUCAUGGGGUGAGGCGCCCAGGAUAAAGAUGUGGUCGCAGGACGAAAUUUGUAAAGCUAUUCACCAAGACAAAUUUGAGUCUGGUGACUAUGGUAGACUGUUAGUGAGUAUCUUUUCUAAAAAUAUGGUUUACAGUAUAUCAUAGAACAUGUUAUUUCCCAUUGCCUUUGAGUAUGUGUUGAUAUGUUUUGCACUGAAUAUCGCGUAUCAUGAGGAUCAUCCAUUGAUUCCUCAUGGCAAGAAUGACAAGAGUAAAUAAAAGGCUACAGCGAAUUCAAAAGCAAAAGCAGAUAUGGACGGAAUUAUAGAUGAGGUGUUGUAUUUAUGUUUAUCCAACCUUUGUGUUGUUUUUAUGAAAAUUAAUAUAAUAUUUAUUUAAUGGUUAUAAUGUGAUACUGGUUGUUUAGGGUAAAAAUUCUGAUUGGAAAAUAUUACUCAUAUAUUCUUAGGCGCAUCAAACUUUCUGUUGCUAAACUUGCACUUGUAAGUCAUGCUUUAUGUGCAAAGAGAAACUCUUUGAGUUAUUGGCUACAAGUUGGCAUGUUUAAAUGUAUGUUAAAGAACUGUUGGAAACACAUUUGGAUUCACUUCUUUUCUGACAAUGCUGAAUUGUAUGUUUUUGAGAUUUG